AUGAGCCGAGAAGUUGCAGGAGAAGAAGAGGGCGUCACUCUGCUGGAAGCGAUCCGGGAUGGAAGGGUGCCUACCCCGGAAGAGAUGACGUUCCCUCAGUGGCAGGCUUGGCGACGUGCCGCCGGCCGUAGGCCCACAAGGAGAAGGGACGGCAGAGGCCUGCCGACAGGUGAAGAAGUAGCCCUCUGGAGGAGCGUCAUGGAUGAGCUCUAUGGCGAGGGCAGGGCGGCGGAACUUGACGAGGGCGAUGAAGAGGAGGAGGAAGAGAGGCCGUCGGCAUCGGCCUCCCCUUCUGUUGCGUCUCGUGAGGUCGCCUUGGUGAAUAGCCCACGCCCGUCUUCAGUUGGCACUGGAGGAGUCAGCGUGGUGAGCCUUCGGGCCAAGUUGCAAGCGUUGUAUGACCCUUCGGCGGAGGAAUUCGGAGCGUACCUGAUGCGUAUGGGACGAAUCAUCUCCGCUCUCCAAGCCUUGGACGCAGCUGUUCCGCCGGGUCCGUUAGAGACAGUGACAAGAAAGGCGGAAUUCAUGAUCGAACUGUAUGGUGAGCAUGGGGGUUUGGACAAAGUGAGAGCUGUGCGUUUCUUGCGAGACAAGUUCGUAGCUUACGCGCAGGAUGAGACCUUAGACCCUCGAGAGAGAGACAGUUCGAUCGCCGCGAUCGGUGAGUUGAUUGAACAAUUAGGAGGGAAACCGAGUUCGAGCCCAGGAAAGGUGUAUAGUACUCCGUCUGGAGCGGAGGAAGCAACGGUUCCUGUGGCUCGCGGUCCCGUCAGCGGUCUUCGCGACGUUGGACGCGGCCAACGGCCGGCGCCCGGUCCCGCUCCUAGUUUGGGACCGGAACAAGAUGGGGAUUUCUCCCUCAGGGCCAAGCUGGCAGCUCUGGAGAUGGAGCUGGAGGCCAUGAAACGAGAGAAAGCCGAAUCAGAGGCCGGUUCAGCGUUGGGAUCGGAGCAAGGCUUAGCAGCCGCCUUGGCCCAACAGAAGGCAGCGCUGGAGGCACAAACAAAGGUGCUCCAGGAAGCGUUGGGACGAGGCGGAGGCAACCAGUCUGUCACCGCGGUCAAAACAGACCUUCAUUGGCCGACCUUGACAGACGAGCGCUCUGACUUCAAAGAUGUCACCUUGUUCUAUGAGGAGUUCGAGGAUGUGUGCGCCUUAGCGAACUCCUGCCGUGGAAUGAAUGCCCGCGAGAAACUGCUGGCUCUCCGAGCGCGCUGCCGGGGAAGUAGGCUGAAGACCUACCAGAACCUGUACCGGUCCGCCUGGAAGUCCGGAGAGGUCCUGGAAGACCCCGAAGCAGUGUAUGAGCGCAUCAAAUCGAAACAUUUGAUGUUUAGUGAGAGCCGAGAAGAGCGAGAGAUCCGCGUCGAUGCGGAGCAUGUCGCGCUCAUGAAGGGGAAGCUCACUGGUCACCAGUUCGAACCUUUGUUCGAAGCGUCGGUGGCGGAAUUGGAAGCUGUGGGUCUUGGAAAGACGCAGCGAGAGCUUUUCCUCUCCUACUUGAGGAAGGUUGGGACCAGUCUCCAACGGGAGAUUCGAUCCGACAAGCGGCUUUGGGGACACGAAGACAAGCUCCGAGGGCCGCAGACCUGGGAGGAGGCUCAUCGGGUCGUCCUCGAGUAUGAGCAGCGAGAAGCGACUAACAAGGCCACCGCCAACGCCGUGUUCACGACCACCGGCGAAGCCACGCGUCUUGCUGCGGAUCUCGCAAAAAAGGAGAAAGCAGAGAAGGCGAAGCGGGACAAGGCCAACAAGGAGGCGAACAAGGGAAAGGGCAGAGGUGGACAAGGUUCCGCUCCAAGUGGGUGGGCAGCUCCAAGCGGGAACAGCGUGCUCAAUCCGUUCGCCGCGUUCUGUGUGGUGACGGGUGGUUUAGAGCAGGCUCAACCUGCGGGUGCGGACGUCGUGUUCGCGUCCGCGCCGCGGAGUUCAUCCCCUGGAGUUCCACAGAAGGGACCCUUCACCGAAUUGGACGAGCUCCCAAAGGAUUGGUGGCAUGUCGUGCCGAAUGAGCCUGGCGGUUAUCAAUACCGCACCGUCGUGCAAAUCCUUGAUAAGAAGGUCGACACGAUGUUGGACGGAUGCGCUGGGUCCAAUCACAUCACGGAAGAGCUGGUGGUCGGGAUCAUCAAUCGGGCUGCGGAGCUAGGCUUGCGCCCGAAUGACAAGAACUUUCCGAUCAUUCAGUUCGAAAAAUGGCUGUAUCCAGAGUACGUGCAUGGGAUUGCGAGCGGCUCACCCGUGCCGCUCAAGGGUGGCGUGGUUCUCCGCGUCCGUCUUCUUGAAGGGGACAACCCGGACCGGGCGAAGCCGGGACAUGAGCUGUUCGUGAGGUGCAAGAUCGCGUCAAAGGGGACUAGCGAUUUCCAUGGUUUGAUCCUUGUGGGCCGCGCGUUGGAUUGCGAAGCGCGACGUGGGCUAGGUUUUCGACCUGGGCCCAUGACCCAUGUGCUGGACUCUCUAGGUGCGCAUCUCCCGCGCUGUGAGAACUUCAGUGCGGAGAGGAAGGACAGAGCCUAUCCUUUCCGGUCCAUCCUCUCGGCAGUAGACCAGGAGGCUGAGGGACAUCUGGAGCCGGAGACCGGGCCAAGGGCCAUGGUAGUCUAUGCAGGUGAUGAAGGAGCGACGCUGCUUCCUGGGGAAGGCGCUCUCCUUCCUGUGCGAAUUGCUGGCAGCUGGACGCCGGAAGUUUCGAGCUGUGAAGUGGUCCUUCCAGUUGCCGGCAAGGUGGAAGCAGUUCCCGGCAUCUGGGACACAGGGGCUCGUGAGGGCAUGGUCCUGGUGACGCCAUACCAGGAAGAGGUCGUCCUUGAAGAAGGCGAUCCAGUCGGAGAGCUCCGGGCAGGUGCAGUAGUCAGUGGGACUUGUUCUUGCGGAGCUGUCGACACAGUUUUCGUGAGCCAGACGGCCGGCCUAGAGCCGGACACCUGCCAGGAAUGCGGAUUGGAACAGCCCAGCCUCAUUGGUUCAGUCUGCUAUUCGUGCGGUCGGAAGGGAGAGAUCAAGAGCACUCCACUCCAGGGGUGCAAGUGUCGCGCGAAAACACCUAGGAAGGCGCGUGAGUCAAGGAAGGGAUAUGGAGUGUUUGCCACGUUCGCGGUUGGGCUAGCUGCGCUCACUGCGGCGUACGCAUUUGACCCGUCGCAAUAUGAGUCAAAGAGCUGGUCGCGGGCGGGGGCCUCGUUUUCGAGCCUUCGUCGCGAAGAAUCGCGGGCGAGGACUUCGUUUUCGAAUCCUCGUCGCGAGGAAGUGUGGGCCACCUUCCCCGGUGGUUGGGUGCGAACGCACCCGGAGGCCCAGGAGAAGCUGUUUGAGUUUAGUGAAGAAGCGUCGGCCCCACUCACGCUGAAUGUCGACCAGCUGGAUUCUCGAAGGGUCACGACAGGUCAGUUUUUGGAUGGAGAGUCUCUCUUUUGGGAAGACUCGUGGCGUGAGGGCGACCCGUGGGUCUUUAAGGGACGUCCAUGGGUAGGAGAAACCCGUUUCUACGCGGUGGGUCAUGGUUCUGAAGGCUCUUGGAGGAGCACCAUGACCGAGCCAGUGUUUCACAUAGUGGAGGCGCCAGGCGGAAUCGACAAAAUGGCAGAGGAAACGCCAACGGAGCGCUACUACGAUGCGCUCAGGAGGUCUCUGGAGAAGCGUUUUCCCAAGGCCAACCAAUUCCUCCUGGAUCACCUGAUUUCGCUUGAAGCAUUUUUGGACAAGUCGAUCGUUUUUGGUUUCAGCUACGGGGUGGCUAAGGCGGAGAUCUGCAAGGAAGGUGGCAAGCUGUUGGGACACAUCGUUGGGAGGAAUGGAAGCGAACCAGACCCUGAGCGAGCUAAGGCCGUAAUGGACUUUGCACCGCUCAGAGAGAAACUCCAUAUCCAGCAAUUUCUUGGAUGCUCCGACUGGUUGCGCAUGUACCUCCCCGCGGAGUACGGUGUUUGUUCCAAAAUUUUGACUGGCUACCAACGGCCAGAUGCGACCUUCCCACCUGAAGGGCUCGGAUAUGGCAGCACAGAAGGCUGCAAGGCUGUUCGGGCCAUCAAGCGCAUGUUGGCUAAGUCAAUCAGCUUAGCUAUGAUUGACGAGGCCAGCGCCAUCUCCGGAGCUUGUCCGCUUGAGCAGGUGGCCGAUGCCAGCGGGUUUGCGGUCGGAGGUUUGCUCACUGGUGUCACCACGGCUCAGAGCCAAGAGCACGAAGACAAGACCCUCCCACUGCCGGAAGUGGAUGGCCAGCCAAGGCGCACUUUGACGGGGAGCAUUCGGGGCUAUGUCACACUUGCCAAGUGCCUGAUACUGUCACGCAUGGAGCCCUUCAUUGCUAUGGCGGUGCACGCGGCCUUCUUGUGGGUCCUUCGCACGGGCGCUUCGGCUACCAUUUUUACGGACAGCCAAUAUGCGUUGGACAACUUGAGGUCUCUGGCAACAAGUUUGGUCACUGUCAAGCAGAUUGAUAGUGGCCGCAUCACCUUGCAGAAGAUUUCCUCGCACCUUAAGGAGGAGGAUUGUGUUUCUCCCCGUGAGGACUGGAGCCGACUCGGCAACGACUUCGUGGACAUGAUAGCCAUGGGCCAAGUGGCAGAAUCAGCUACGUCCUACGGAGUUCUGCAGAUCUACAACACCUUCUGUUCUGCGGAGGAAAGUGCUCGCAAUGCCACUCGGUCUCAACUUAGCUUCUUGGUUGAGCUAGCUCAGACAAGCUUGACCUUGACCUCUGAGAGCCAUGACCCGGAAGGAGAAACUCUGAAUGAGUUGGGAGUCCACUUUCAGGCGACUGAUGCCUCGUUGGCUGCCCAGUUUGGCCCUGAAGUCUUGAGCCACUCAAUUAGGUUAGGCAAGUUUUCUGCUCGCAUGGUCGGUGACUUGGCUUCAUGGCUUAUUGCGAUCGAUCUUACUUCCCCUAGUAAGUGUCAUGUUUCUCUUCUUGAGUUGGUGAUUGGGUUUUCCUUAGAUGGCUAUCGCAUGCCUCUCACCGAACACCAAGCGGGUGAUUUAUUUUCGGACUCAGCUGAAGUGCCAUGUGGCGGUCUUGUUCGACCUACUCUUGCUACUGAGCUUGCUAUUUUUAGUGAUCUUUUUCGUCUUGUGCAAACGCACUUUCAGCUGAGCUUGGACACUGGCCUGAAGGCACGUCCGCACCUUCGAGUCUUCGGGAGGAUGCCCAGUGUUUGUUUGGGUUGGGGUGGUGACUUGGCCACCAGAGUUUCUGACGAGCUCCUUCGGUUUACAUCCUCCUGGCCGAUUCGAUACGCGAGGGAUCUUGCGCGACCUCGUUGAGGUUUGGGGUGUCGCUUGUUGACGCAUGGCCGCUCGACCUCUGAGCCACCAUGUGCCGUUCGACUUCGUCGACCGCGUGUGAAUAAAUAACAUGGAGGGGUUGACCCCUGUGAUUUCAUAGAGUUUAUUGACA